AUGAAAUCUCAAAAAGGAAUCAUAGGCAUAACAUUAGUGUGUUUCUGGUAUACGCCAUAUUCAAAUCACAAAGUGGAUAAAGAUGUUGCCAAUCGAGCACUUGACUUCAUGUAUGGAUGGUUCAUAGAACCAUUGACAUCAGGAAAAUAUCCAGAGAGCAUGAUUUCCCUGGUUGGUGAACGACUGCCAAAGUUCUCUGAAGAAGAAGCAAGACUUGUGACUGUUAUCACAGACGUCAUAUGGUAUAAACCAAGAAGGAAUCAUUGGAUUACUUUAAAUGAGCCAUGGUCUUACAGUAGAGGUGGUUAUGCAAUUGGGAUCUAUGCACCAGGUCGAUGUUCUGAAUGGCUAAACCUAAACUGCACUGGUGGUGAUUCAGGAACAGAACCCUAUUUAGCUUCACAUUAUCAACUACUUGCUCAUGCAACAUCUGUUCAAGUCUACAAGAAAAAAUAUCAGAAAUCUCAAAAAGGAAUCAUAGGCAUAACAUUAGUGUGUUUCUGGUAUACGCCAUAUUCAAAUCACAAAGUGGAUAAAGAUGUUGCCAAUCGAGCACUUGACUUCAUGUAUGGAUGGUUCAUAGAACCAUUGACAUCAGGAAAAUAUCCAGAGAGCAUGAUUUCCCUGGUUGGUGAACGACUGCCAAAGUUCUCUGAAGAAGAAGCAAGACUUGUGACUGGUUCAUAUGAUUUUAUUGGAUUCUGA